AUUACGUUUCCCCGCCCUCUCCGCCGCCGCCACCGGGUCCUAGGAAGAUGGCGAAGGUCACAGAGCGUUACGACGUGACUUGGGAAGAAAUGCGAGAUAAAAUGAGAAAAUGGAGAGAAGAAAACUCAAGAAAUAGUGAACAAAUCAUGGAAGUUGGAGAAGAAUUAAUUAAUGAUUAUGCUUCUAAGCUUGGGGAUGACAUUUGGAUCAUAUAUGAGCAGGUGAUGAUUGCAGCCCUAGAUUAUGGUCGGGAUGACUUGGCAUUGUUUUGUCUUCAGGAGUUAAGAAGACAGUUCCCUGGUAGUCACAGAGUAAAGCGGUUAACGGGCAUGCGAUUUGAAGCUAUGGAAAGAUAUGAUGAUGCUAUACAACUAUAUGAUCGAAUUUUGCAAGAAGAUCCUACUAACACUGCUGCAAGAAAGCGUAAGAUUGCCAUUCGCAAAGCCCAGGGGAAGAAUGUGGAGGCCAUUCGAGAGCUGAAUGAGUAUCUGGAACAAUUUGUAGGAGACCAAGAAGCCUGGCAUGAACUCGCAGAACUUUAUAUCAAUGAACAUGAUUAUGCCAAGGCAGCCUUCUGCUUAGAGGAGCUAAUGAUGAGCAACCCGCACAACCACCUGUACUGUCAGCAGUACGCGGAAGUCAAAUACACCCAAGGUGGACUUGAAAACCUUGAGCUUUCAAGAAAGUAUUUUGCACAGGCACUGAAACUCAACAACCGAAACAUGAGAGCUCUGUUUGGGCUUUACAUGUCUGCAAGUCAUAUUGCUUCUAAUCCAAAAGCAAGUGCAAAAAUGAAAAAGGACAACAUCAAAUAUGCCAGUUGGGCUGCUAAUCAAAUAAACAGGGCUUAUCAGUUUGCAGGUCGAAGUAAGAAGGAAACCAAAUACUCUCUUAAGGCAGUUGAAGACAUGUUGGAAACAUUGCAGAUCACACAGUCUUAAGGUUGCAGAGACUCUUUGACAUUAGAUUUGAAAACUGUACAGCUGAAUGUCUUGGCCUGUGACUUAUUUACUAAAUGCCAAGUGCUGUUUGCAUUCAUUUUCUUUGAAGAGGUCAGUUAUAAAGAAUGUGUUCAAAUAAACCUCAACUUGCCUUGUAUUGAUAAGCAGGGAGUUGGCGGGAGUCCAUGGAAGAGAGAUUCAAGACCUAUUGAUUGUAUAUAUGUCUUCUUGUUGCCCCAUUUACCUUAAAAAUAAACCAUGAUUUAUUAAACUCA